CUUAAAACACUUUCACCGUCUUUUUUGUUUUCUCUCUCUCUCUCUCUCUCUCUAUAAGAACCCUAGUUUCUCUCUCUCAUCGUACCGGUUUGUCAUUCCGCUGCUCGUAGUCGCAUAGCCAUUCGCAGAUCUGGUUGUGUGAAAUAACCUUGAAAGAUUUGAAUGGAUGAUGACUUUGCAGAUGGAUAAGAAUACUGCUUCCUCCCCAAGGGAGCGAGCCAAGUCCAUAUUCGAUAAGACUGUUGAGUUAGAAAUCAAGCGUAGGAAGGCUGCUCAGGCUCGGAAUCCUUCUGACCCGAAUCUGUGGCAGCAAAUUCGUGAGAAUUAUGAAGCAAUCGUUCUUGAAGAUCACACAUUUUCUGAGGAGCACAACAUUGAGUUUACUCUGUGGCAGCUGCAUUACAAACGGAUUGAAGACUUUAGAUCACACAUCAAUGCUGUCCUGGCUUCUAGUAACUCGAAUGCUCAAAAUUCAAAGGGUCCAUCUAUGGCUGACCGGGUCGCAAACCUCAAGCUCCAGUUCAGAACUUUCCUUUCAGAAGCAACUGGGUUUUACCAUGAAAUGAUCUUAAAAAUUAGAUCAAAGUAUGGUCUUCCCUUGGGUUAUUUUUCGGAGAGUCAAGAUAGUCAAAAUUUGGCUGAUAAGGAUGGAAAGAAGUUUGCAGAAGUUCAAAAAGGCUUGGUAUCUUGUCACCGUUGCUUAAUAUACCUUGGUGAUCUUGCUCGGUAUAAAGGAUUGUAUGGAGAGGGGGAUUCCAAGAACCGAGAGCAUGCUGCUGCCUCGAGUUACUAUUUGCAAGCAGCUUCUCUAUUGCCAGGCUGUGGAAACCCACAUCAUCAGCUUGCUAUAAUUGCUUCCUAUUCCGGGGAUGAGUUUGCAGCAACAUAUCGUUAUUUCCGGAGUUUGGCUGUGGAGACUCCUUUCCCAACUGCCCGUGACAACUUGAUUGUUGCUUUUGAAAAGAAUCGUCUGAGUUAUGCCCAAUUGUUUGCGGCUCCCAAAGACUCACCUAGAAGGCCCACUGGUAAACGAAGAGGUAAAGGCCAAGAUAUUUCAUCGAAGAAAGAUGCGGACGUGGUAGCUGUUCCUGAGAAGGAUAAAGCAACUAGUGCAGAUGAGAAGCUCAAAGCAUUCUGCGUUAGAUUUGUUCGUCUAAACGGGAUUCUUUUUACCAGAACAAGCCUCGAGACAUUCCCAGAUGUUCUUGCUUCCACUAGCAGCAGUUUUCGAGAUCUGAUUUCUUCGAGCUUAAAGGAAGAGAUGAGUUUUGGUAAAGACACCAGUGACAGCGCACUUUUUAUCGUCAGGCUCGUAACAAUUCUUAUAUUUAGCGUCAAUAACUCGAAGAAAGAAAAGGAAGGUCAGUCAUAUGCAGAAAUUGUGAAUCGUGUGGAGCUUGCUAGAAACUCCUUAACAGCAAGUUUUGAGUUACUUGGGCACCUAAUAGAGAAGUGUGCGCAACUGUGUGAUCUUUCGUCAAGUUACUUCUUGCCUGGUGUCUUAGUUUUUGUUGAAUGGUUGGCCUGUUGUCCUGAUAUUGCACAAGGGAGUGAUUCGGAUGAAAGACGGACUGCUGUGAGAAACAGCUUUUGGAACCAGUGUGUUACCUUCUUCAAUCAAAUCUUGUCUCUUGGGCCUAUGUAUAUUGAUGAUGUCGAAGAUGAGACUUGCUUCUCAAACAUGAGCAUGUAUGAUGAAAGAGAAACUGAAAACAGACUUGCACUGUGGGAGGACUAUGAGUUAAGAGGAUUCUUGCCAUUGCUUCCAGCUCAGUCUAUUCUCGACUUUUCAAGAAGACAUUCCUUUGCAACUGAAGGUCCCAAGGAAAAGAAAGCUCGUAUAAAGAGGAUCCUAGCAGCCGGGAAAGCAUUGACCAGUGUGAUCAAGGUUGAUCAGAAUCAUGUGUAUUUUGAUUCAAAGAAGAAGAAAUUUCUUGUCGGUUCUGAACCGUCAGAUGACUUGCUGGAUUCUCAUUCAAGCCCAGCGGAAGCUGAUAAUGCGUUUCAAGAUAACCAAGGAAUGGUGAAUCAUAUUACGCCAGUGACGCAGCGAUAUCAGCAGAUUCAUUUGGUUGAGGAGGAUGAUGAUGAAGAAAUUGUUUUCAAACCUCUAGUUACUGAGAAGAGGAAAGGGGCUUCUGACCAAAUACAUGUUCCUAAUGGAGGCUUCAAGAAUCCUGAUCAAGUUGCAACUGUGGGGGACUUCAAAGCUUUGAGUGUUUCAGAUGCAGCUUUUCAUGAAAAUCUCCUUCUCCAGGCAAGAGGCAACGCAAGUAUUCAACUGCCUGCAUCUGUUGGUUCUAACCUUCUGGCACACCUUCUGCCGUCAACACAGUCCCAGGGUGUGCAGUUGCAACAGGUUCAGACACAGGCAGUGCAUCCUCAGCCAGCUCAAUCGCUAGCCUCUGCACGACUUCAACCAAUGCAAUCACCGGUGGCACAACAAUCGCAGGCCGCACUACUUCAACAACUGCAUUCACGGGCUAUGCACUUUCAACAUCCUCAAGGACAGGUUCCACAUGUUUCACUGGCCCAGUCACAUUCUGCUUCCCUUGGUGGUAGCAAGUGGCUACCAGAAGAAGCUGCUAGUAGCCUAUCUAAUUUUGCUCAGAUGGGUAACGGUCAUGUGAUGAGUGAGAUGCAAGGAAAUCAUGGAGUCUCCUAUUACCCUGCACACUCAUUGCCGAUCCACCAGUCUUUCAAUGUCAAUGGUAUGGCUGGUAUGCCGUAUUCCCAGUCACGAACACCUGAAGCUAUGUUGCCACCCACAAUUGAUACUGUUUCAUCUUCUGGAAUUUUUUGUAAUGGCCUUGGCGUGCAAUCUUCGUUAGCAAGAAAAAGUCCAAUCGGUAGAGCCUCCAAGCAUCUUGGCCCACCCCCUGGGUUUAACUCAGUCCCCUCUAAGCUGCAAAAAGAGCCAGCACCUGGUCCAGAUAUGUCUGGCCGCACUCUACCGGCUGAUGAUUACAGCUGGUUGGAUGGAUACCAAGGCCAGUCUCACCAAGGCACUGCUUUCAACAGUUCUUUGAAUUACGGUUCUUCUGGGAAGCCAGAACACGUGGGUACCAGCAAUGGACUGAAUGGGCCUGCCAACUUUCCGUUCCCUGGAAAACAAGCUCCAGCGUCACAGGUCAAAGCAAAAUUUCCAUACUUUCAGCAUCCUAAGGAAGAUAACUUUGUGAACGGAAACGAUCAAUUUACUCAACUCCCCCAGCAAUAUCCAGGACAUCCCAGUUGGUCGGGUCAUCGCUUUGUGUGAGAUCAGAAAGGAAGAGAGUAACACGGUGAGUGUUACGUAUGUUCUCAGCUACCUAACUCCAACUGAGCCUCGUUCUGUUGAAGUAUCUAGUUGGAUUCUUUGUGGCCUUGGCUUCUUGUGGGGCGCUUCCUACCUGACAGAUUCAGGAGACAGCUUAUGUUGGUGUAAGAGAUGUUUGGUAACAAGAAUGAAUGGUUUCUACGGAAUUUAUAGGAGUAAAGUGCCUUUCUCUCACUUGAAGUGGAUGAUGUUAGACCCAUAUGAAUGAAUAAGAAAGGAAACGUACGUUGUGGCUUGCUCUGGAUGAAGCACACACUUUAUCAUCCCUUUAUAUCUAUUUAUUUUCUUGCGAAUAAUUGCACCGAAUCUCACUCUCUUGGAUUGCUUUCCAGUUUCACUUUCAUCUCAUUUGUUCUGUGUGUUUCAAACUUCUCUCUGUUUUACUUAAGUUGAACAUGUGAAACUCCGCAAAUGGAUUUGAAUAAAAAGAACUCGUUUCUUGAAA